AUGGUGGGUGAUAAGGCAAAUGUGAAGCGUGGCAAGUGUGCAGUUAUCAACAUUGAUGAUGAGGCAGGAAAGACCAUGCUGGAGCAUGCGGAUUGUCGUCAUCUUACCUAUGCUAUCAAUAAUGAUGCUUCCUUGAAGGCUGAAAAUAUUCAGGUUUUGGCAAGCGGUGCCAAGUUUGAUAUCAAGACUGAGCAUGGUGUUUUGCCACUUGAUUUGAAGAUUACAGGUAUCUUCAAUGUCUAUAACGUGAUGGCUGCUGCCGUUUUUGAGCUGGUUCGCGGCGGUCAGGAUUUCGCUGUUAUUGUGGAUUAUGCACAUACUCCAGAUGGUCUGGAAAAUAUCCUGAAAACAGCGCACCAGAUUGCUAAAAAGCGUAUUAUUACUGUAUUUGGAUGCGGUGGUGACAGAGAUAAUACCAAGCGUCCUAUCAUGGGCAGGAUAGCGGGCUGA